AUGACGAUGAUGAUGCAGACUGCUGCACCCACAGGAAGACCAGCCAUAUGCAGAUUACUGCACCCACAGGAAGACCAGCCAUAUGCAGAUUACAGAACCAACAAGAGGACCAGUCAUAUGCAGAUUACUGCACCCAGAGGAAGACCAGCCAUAUGCAGAUUACUGCACCAACAGGAAGACCAGCCAUAUGCAGAUUACAGCACCCACAGGAAGACCGGCCAUAUGCAAAUUACUGCACCCACAAAAAGAUCAACCAUAUGCAAAUUACAGAACCCACAGGAAGACCGGCCAUAUGCAGAUUAUUGCACCCACAGUGGGACCAGCCAUAUGCAGAUUACAGAACCCACAGGAGGACCAGUACUAUGCAGAUUACUGCACCCAGAGGAAGACCAGCCAUAUGCAGAUUACUGCACCAACAGGAAGACCAGCCAUAUGCAGAUUACUGCACCCACAGGAAGACCAGCCAUAUGCAGAUUACUGCACCCAAAGGAAGACCAGCAAUAUGAAGACUACUGA